AUGAGUGAGCGUUCUGGUGCAAGCAGUCUCGCAACCAUGACACUGGAGGAGCCAGGGGCCGAACAGGCAUCUCCCAGAGCCCCGGGCCCUCUCCGCUGCGGCCCCUGUGCUGUGUGGCCUCGCCAGCAGACCUGGCUGUGUGCCGUGCCCCUGGUAAUGGGCUUUGUGGGACUGGGACUCAGUCUCAUGCUGCUGAAAUGGAUUGUUGUGGGAUCGGUCCAAGACUAUGUCCCGACUGAUCUGGUGGAUCCCAAAGGUAGCAUUGGACAGGACCCCAUAUUUCUCUCCAAACCCAGUGCCAUGCCCAAGGGGCCCGACAUUUCCACAGCCACCACCACUUCAGCUGCCUCUACCACAGCCAUGGUGUUGACGACCACGCCACUAGCUGCUGACGGUACAGCUCCAGCGCCAAGAACUCGAUCGGGGCCACCGGCGAACCACUCAGCCAAUGGCAGCACAGCCAAUGGAGAUGGCAGUCGUGCCCCACACCUUCAUAACCGUGUCGGCACCCGCAUUAGUGGGACUGUGGUUACCACCUCCACCACUCGCGCCACCCGACUCACUCCGCCACUCAGUGGUAAGGAGGUCACCCCUCGCAGCACUGUUAGAAAAGGAAGCAGCACUGGCAAUGGACGCAACGGAGCCGCCAACUCCAAGCCAGGGCAGACUUCUGCCACCGCCGCCACUACAGCAUCCACCACAAGUACGGCUACUGUGAAGACCACCGCUAAGGCGCAGCCGACCACCUCUCUGCAGGCAGCUCCAGUCAAGCCCACGUCACGCUGGAAUCACGGGCGCCCAGGCAAGGGCCCGGCCACACGCCCACACCACCGCUUCCGAACACCAGUGGCCCCCACACUUCCCAGUCUACGUUCAGAGGUGUUCCAGCCAUGUGUGGAAGACAAGGACCUGGCCUUUUGUCUCAACGAGGGAGAGUGCUCCAUCAUUGAAACUGUGGCUGGGGUUCACAGACACUGCAGGUGUAAGGAGGGCUACCAUGGACUACGCUGUGACCAGUUUGUACCCAAGACAGAUGCUCUCUUGUCAGACCCAACGGAUGAACUUGGGAUUGAGUUCAUGGAGAGUGGUGACACUUACCAGAGGCAGGUGCUGUCCAUCUUCAGCAUCGCCUCGGGGAUCUGUCUUCUUGGAGUGGCGUGUAUGGCUCUCUACCGCCGCAACAAAAGACACCGGGAAAAACUCCAGGCUCAUUUCUCUGAGAGCCGCAGCCUGAGGGACUGCAGUGUGAACGCCUCUGGCCUCAUGUCCAAAUCUACUCCCAGGCUCCAAUACAGCCUUCAACUCCAAAAGAGCUGCCGUUCUCACGGAUCAUCUGUUAAGGGCAGCAGCGUGGCACCAGGCACAUCAACAGUAGCCCCACCUAUUCUCAGCAGAGCGCAGUCUAAAGGGAAACGCUUCAGGAGUAAUUCCCUUUCACUCUGUCCUGCCCAACAACGGAGGGAGACUAGUUACUUCAGGACCCCACCCAUUUCCAGAGGGAAAAACAAAAUAUCGACAAAUCUCAUUGAUGGAUCCAGAGGGAACGGCCACGUAUAUAAACACUUGCAGGAGGAUGAGCCAACAGACGUGGAGUCCAUAAGAAGGUGUGAUUCUGCAAGCGGAAAGGUUGGCGCCCUUCUCAGCAGGACGUCACUCUCUCACUUCGCGGCCAGGAAGGGAUGGGCCGAGGUCCCGUGUACCCGUCUGGAUAAGGGAACAACCUGCCUUCCACCUUCCCUGCGCACCCAAUCUGUGCCCAUCAUUCCUUCCCUCCAAUCUUGUGACCUCGAGAAUGUGGACACGAGUGAGCGGAACCAACGGGCGCUCCUCAAGUGGCACCCCGCGUUGGCUGGAAAGACAGCGAUGCCCAGGAGCGGUUCUCCCUCUUCACCCCGCGAGAGUGUCGUGCUGGCGCCUGGUGUUACGCCCAGCAGUGUAAGCCCUCCUGCCACCGUCAUCGUUACACUGGGGUCGGAGAAGAAUCUCGGCUCCACACAAACACCCUGCUCCUUUGAAAUUACAGUGGAACUCGCGCAGGAAUUAAAACAGAAAAGCUUCUCCAUCCCCAUGAAAAUGUCUGGUUCUCAAAGCGAAAUCCACCGCGGUGGCACAAACACUCUGGAGGCUGGUACCGCGCAGGAGUCAGAGGGGAAUUGUGUCCAGUAUUCAGCCAGAGUUCUGCACACAGGCGGUGGGACCAGAGGUCCGAAGGCAGCAGGCCAAAGAGAAGCCCAGGGACAGUGCCAAGGUCAGACGUCCCUCUUGUGCGGAGGCGCAAACUUCUCCUUGGCCAACAAAGGGCCCAGCUGCAGAGGAACUGGAAACGCUUAUGCCAGGCCGUCUGCAAGCUGA